CCAAACACAGUGGUUUUUAAUAGUUUUUUAAAUUUUUUUUUAUUUUUGAAGUUCAGUACAGUUCACUAUGUUCAGGGUACAGAAGAAGAAGCAGAACAUCCCUGUAACUGGACAAAUGUACAGACCUAACAGCUCUCAGCCACCUACAUACAUACCACAGAGAAAAUAGACUGACUAUCCACCACCAUGGUCUCUUCUGGACAGCAUCAUACACGCAUUAAUCCAUAUAUGCCCAGCUUGCUCUUCCUUGAUCCUGAAAUACCACUCAGCUGCUUAUUUUCCUUCUGUUCGCUUAGCCUCUUAAGGACAUGAACUGAAAAUGGCCAAGUUCUAGUGCGAUUUUUUAAUUAAAAAUCAGUACUGAAUUUAAUUUUCCCCCUCAUAAAUUAGCAGUUGAAUGAGGCAUGCUUUGUCGGGGUUGGAGUGAAACCCUACAGGACGGUAGAUCUCCUGGAACAGGGUUGGUUACCACUCAUCUAAAGGCAUAUAAUAUUUUUUCAAUGCAAAAUAUAUGAAUAAAUAUGUGAAAUACUUCCAUAAAUGUUUGAAAUAUUAAACCAAAUGUGAGACACUGACAUAUUUAUUAAAUGUAUGAAACGUACAUGAAAAACAACUUAAAUAUUUAUUUUAUCCAAAAAAUGUGGUAUUUGAGAUUUUUAGAUAAAUUCUUUAAAACCCCAUAGAUAUUGAAGAUAAUGAAUAUUUUUGAAUAUGUUUAAAAAUGAACUAUUUUACUUGCAACACUGAUGCAACACUGGGAAAAAUAUUUGUAAUUAAACCAUUUCCUGCAUUUGUCUUUCCCAUAGUAUAAACUGACUAUUUGUAAUCUUUUAUAAAUUGGGUAUGUGUUACUGGACCAUGUAAAACCUAAAGUUGUGAUAGAGAAAUAGUUCAUCAUGGAAAUUGAAUAAUAUUUUUAAUUAUACUCUGUAUUUGCAGGUAUAUGGGUGUGAGUAAGAUUGAGCAACAGACUCACUCUGAGUUUAUAAUAAUAAUAAUAAUAAUACAAUAUAAAUUGUUUAAACAAACAAAUAAACAAAAAAUAAAACAUUUAUUUUCAUCUUUUAGUGUGGAAAAUUAGAUGGAUCAACUGAACCACCAAUUUUAUGGCACAACAAUUGAGAGGUUUCAUUUUAUUGUCAAGGCAUUUUCUUUAGAAAAAUGAAAGCAACAACAAAUAAAUCAGAAAUAAGGCAAUCAUUCUUAUUUUGCAGAGAAGUAUACAGUGGUGGUGAUUUCUCUAUUCAAGGAAGUGCAGUACUACUGCAUUAACAUCCAGAUUUCUGUUGUGUAGAAGAGUGAACACUACACGCUCCCAACCCCAAAAUUUGCUCUUGCGCAUUGGACCACAGCAGAGUUUAAGGCACAUACUCUACUUUGACUGUUGUGUGUUUAGUUCUGUUGGUCUCUAAGAAAGAAUCAAUCUAUAGUUCAUUGCUUGUAAAGAAUGCAAUACUUCUUUGCCCUUUCUUACAAUACGAGGAUAUCCAAAAACUGGAGCUUGUGGAAAUUUGAGGUACUGUCAAGUUUCUGUUCCUGUUUUCUGUCUUCCUUUUUGGGCCGCCAGAUGGCGGUAGUUCUGUUCCUUUUCCCUGGUUAAUUGUAUUAUUGGUUCCAAUUAUUCUAUUAUUGUUUUUCAGUUGUGUCUAGUUAUCCCUUCCCGCCGUGGUGUGAUUGUGCAUUGUGCCCUCAUGUGUCUCGUUAGGGUCUUGUCUAUUUAAGUUCUCUUCUUGCCUGACUCGGGUGCUGGUUCCUUGUGUUUUCGCUUGUGUUUCCGCGAGUGUUUCUCGCCGAUUGUCUGCCUGUGUUCUUGCUUCUGUUUUGCUUGAGAGUUUGCCCGUGUUUCCCCGUGCCUGUUUUUGUCCUCCUGUUCCUGCCCUGCCUGUUUGGCUUCUUGUGAUUUUUUGAUUUUCUGUUUUUGGGAUUUGCCCUGCGAGGUAUUUUUUGGUUAUCUGCGUUUGUUCUUGAGUUUUUGUAAUUAAAGUCUGUGAAUUUCCCUUUUGGAGUUCUUGGGUUUUUUUCACUCUGCAUUUGGGUCCAUUCCCUCGUCAAUACGUGACAGGUACAAAAAGAAAAAAGAAAAAAAAAGAGAAUCAGGAAAGUGGAAUUUUCGAAGUAUUUCUGCAACUUCUGGAAAAAAAAAAAAUCAAUUAAUUGGGAUAGGGAUAUUGUUGGUUGGCGUCUAUAGAUGAAUGUCUGUGUAUAUAUAAAUAUAUUAAAAACUCAUGAAAUAAAUUCAGACAUUGUGUAGGCUUAUUUGUCUCGUUGUCAUUGAUUUGAAAUCAGAGCAGAGGUUCCAAUACUUUCGCAUUUAACUGCAUUUUAGAAGGAAAGCAAAUACAUUUCUUCUAAAAUGUGUAGAUGAACAGCAACAGUCCAACAGCGCAGAAGUUCCUGAAAGGUACUAACAAAACGUGCAGAUAAAAGACAGGGUUGUCGGUAAUGGGGAAGUCUGAACUAACGGUAUGUGUGAGCUCAGGAAAAGGACUUCAGUUCGUUUCGUUCAGUCUCCAUUGCACCAGCUAAGACUCUGCGAAGGGACUCCUGCCUCUGUGAAUGCACCGAAUGUCUUUUCUGUAUUUCUUAAAGUGGAACGACAGAAUGCAGACGUUGGUCUUUUUCAUUUUCCUAAUCGGUCACAGUCAGUCUGUCGAAAGCCAACCGUUAGAUGGAACUGUCAGUAACUUUGCUGUUGUAAACGGUACGGUUUACGUCGCCACGGAUGACAAACUAUACCAGAUGGACAGACACCUCACCGUUGAAAUAAGAAAGGACACAGCGCAACCUAACAGGGUGAAGAUGUUGGUGCCAUUUGAAAAGAACAACACGUUGAUCACCUGUGGAACCAAUAACUGUGGGUACUGUGAUUUCCUGGAUUUGAAAAAUAUUUCAAAAACCAUAUAUACAGAACAACUAGCUGUAGCAUCAGUCUUUCCCAAUGAAUCGUCCCUUGGUUUCCUGGUCGACAUCGGAGAGAGCACAAAUAACACAUACCUUCUGUCCGGAGCGGUGCCAAAAGUCCCAGAGAAUUGCGAUGGCGAAAAUGUUUUCAUAACUCUUAGAAACACCUACAAUUUCCAGAAAGGAGGGAUAUUAUCAGCGACUGACGAUGAUAAACCGCACAUCACAGAAAGAGCAGAUCAUUGGGUGGAUUUGGACUUUGUGGAUGGCUUCCAAUGGGAGAAACACUUUUAUAUAUUCAUUAAUUUCAACAUAAGAAGUUCUCAAUCACGAGUUCGACUACUGACUAUUAAGAGAGGAAAUAAAAAGAGAGAUACACUGAAAUCCUUCAUAGGUACAACCCUCCAGUGCUGCGGGAACAAAUACUACACACGACUCGCCUCAUCUGCAGUGGUUGGAGGUUCCCCUCUUCUUUGGGCAGGUAUCUUCAAAGUCAGUAACUCGCUCGACCCGGAGAGUACAGCACUAGCCAUUUUCAAUAUCACUCCAGGAGACUCUCCUGGAGGGGAGGAUCCGGAUUUUUGCAUGGAAUCGUGCUUUAGUACAAAUAAGGUUAGUAGAAGCUACACCGUCGCACCACUGGCCGUUUACAAGUACCGGUCGAUGACGUCAGUGGCCACCGUGACUGCCAGUUCCUGGCUGGUGUUCUUUAUCGGGACAGCAGAUGGGCAGCUAAUCAAGAUUUCAAUGGACAAGGCCAUGAAACCAACCUGUCCUAUCGUCCUGUACAAAUCUGAUGAGGACCGUCCUGUGCAUUCCAAAAUGAUUUUGGACCCCGUAGAUAAGAAGCACAUCUACAUGGCAUUGGGAAAUCAGAUGAAGCGGGUGGCCGUGGCUCAGUGCUGGAGGUACGGCAGCAUGAGGGACUGCUGGUUUUCCCAUGAUCCCUUCUGUGGGUGGUGUUCUUCUCAGAGCAGGUGCACAUUUCCUGACGAGUGCCUCACGUCAGCGUGGAUCUCCAUUCCUGAGGGUUCGCUGCAGGAACAAAUGAUUUCCUUCCGCGCGGAGGAAACGCCAUCUCGCGAGGUCAUAUUCAAUGUGACAGCUCACCUGAAGGUGGUAGCUACAGGAAGUCCCGCCUUCUCUUGCGCCUUCACCACUGAGCGUGGGGAGAGUCUGUGUGCUGGGUCUGGUGAUACCGCGGCAUUCCCCAGUUGCUCCUGUGUCUUCCUCAGGGACAAGUUUCCUGCAGGAGGCCUGGGUGUAACAGUGAAGAUCACUAUUGACAACCAGAUAGUCUCUGAAUCCUGGAAUUUGAGGAACUGCUCUCUCAUCCAAGGAGGUCCCACAUCUGCCCUGUGCUCAGAGUGUGUGGCAGCUGGCUGCUUGUGGUCUUUCACUCAACACACUUGCUCCUGGAUGCCUUGGUCCUCACAUGAGAGUUACACACAGGGUACAUGUCAGAACUAUCCUUCUGGACUGAAUAUCUCUGAACCAGAAAUGUACUCAAUAACACCAAGUGAAAUAUCCUUCUAUGGAAAAAACAAUGCAACCAUCACAGGAAAAAACCUUGAUCAUGUGACAAAGAUACGUAUCCGUGGAGACAUGGGCUGCAAUCAGAUGGAGGUUCCAUUCCACAGCCGCUCCAGUGACAGGCUGACGCUGCACGUUCCGGGUGGGAACAAGGGCCGAAUGACUGUUUGCGUAGAACUCCCGGACGGGAGGUGUUAUGGGUCGGCCGAGAUCACCUACAGAUCCCUACCGUCCUGCACUGGGCUGUCGCCGGACUCGAGCUGGGCCAGUGGGGGGAGAGCAGUCAGUGUCCUGGGCACAAACCUGCAGUUUGUGGACGGGAUAGAGCAUUUGGACCCCCCACGGACGCUUGGUUUUAAUUUCAGCUCUUCGAAUCUCCAGUAUUACACUCCUUCUGUUGGAACUGGAACGAGAAGAGAUGUCACCGUCAGACUGAAGGUUGCAAAUGAAACGAUUGCAUGUGCGACCCUCACCUACCACCCAGAUCCAGAGUUCAUCAGCUUCACUACAUCACCAUCCGGAGAUGAUUUGCGCAUCACUAUUGAGAAAAAAGUGGACAAACUGAAAAUAUCCAGGGAGGACCUGAAUAUAUAUGCGCUGGAGGGUGAUGUAGAACACAAAUGUAAGCUGGUUAAAAUUAUACCAGGCAAUUCUUCAGGGGUGGAUUCCAUUGACUGUGAAAUUCACAACAAGCGUGAUGCCAAGAUUGAGUCGGUGAAGAUAUAUUUGGGAAAUCAUCCAUUUGAAGUAAAAGGGCCACAUAAGAGGUCGUUCUUGAUUGCAUUGAUCAUCUGUAGCAUCAUUUUGAUUUUUGCUGGUGCUGCGUGGAUUUACCAUUGCCGUGUGAACAACAGAACGAACACAGACAGAGCCACUGGAUUGUGACAUCAGAAAAGAAAUUCGACCAGGUCAGUUGCCAUGGAAAUGCCACACCCUGUAUUAAACCACGCAUUGGCCUUGCCACUGCCUGUGACCCAGACCUUUGCUUUGUGAUGGAUGGCUCUCAUCUCUGUGGUAAUGACGACACUGUGCAGAAAUGAAUUAAUCAAGAAAUAAAUACGGAAAUGUAUGCAUAUAUUAAUGAUAAAGGAAUAUGGGGAAAUAGGCAAAUAAAUGCAGAAAUGCCCAUUUAUGUCAGAUUUUAUCUAUCAAUUUUUGUGUAUAUUAAUUUAGAGCUUUCUUGCAUAUAUUCAUUUUCACAUAUCAUAGUCACAUAUUAUUUUUAAUUAAGGCACUUUUGGUCAUCUAUACCACAUAGAACAAAUAUGGCAGCGAAAAGUUUUUAUUUGUAUCUUUUAGGAAAAUUUUUGGUUUUAUAUUUUCAUGUAAUUAUUUAAAUGGUGUGAUGGGCUGGAUCAUUAUAGAUUAUGCAGUAAGUAGGAAAAUUAAGGAGAAGCAGAAGUUAAACAGAAGACGAUAAGGAACCAAUUGCCCAGAAGAACUUAAGGAACAUUGCUGUAGGGUUGUGGGAAUUCUGUGUUUGAAGUUGGGAGUAAAGAACUUAAUUUGCAUAAGGAUUUUGUGACAAAUUUUUAAAAUGCCAAAUUCAAUGAUGUAUAGGUAUGGGGUAUAUGUCAGCUAAUUUCAUAGACUGAAUAUAUAUUAUACCAGUUAAUAUUUUACUGCCAGAUACAUUGAGAAAAACACAGGUAAUAUUGUUUGCAGUGUAUUCUGCCUUUAUGCUAU